AUGUCUGAGGAGUUACUAGGUCAGAAGGAGGUGAGUCUUCGUGACAUGCAAGUUGUAGCUGUACUUCGUAUGCUGUUUUUGAACCAAAGUGUUGUAAACCAAGACCUGGAGGACACGUAUAACCAAAGCGAAAUAUAUUGGAAGAUCUUGGUGCUAGACACUCAAAGCACAGCGAUUGUAUCGAGUGUAUUGCGUGUAAAUGAUCUGUUGAAGGCUGGUGUUACUGUUCAUACUUUAAUUCAUGCUGAUAGAGCCUCUUUGCCCGAUGUUCCAGCUGUUUAUUUUGUGGAGCCCACAAAAGAAAAUUUGGAUUUGAUUAUUAAGGAUCUAAAGGAUGAUAAGUAUUCAGAAUUUUAUAUUAACUUUACGUCCACUUUGGAACGUGAUCUCCUUGAAUAUUUUGCUGAGAGUGUAUCUACUACUGGGAAGUCUGAGAGAGUAAAACAAGUGUUUGAUCAAUACUUGAACUUCGUAGUCACUGAACCUGAAUUAUUCAGUUUACAAUUGUCAAACACAUAUUCAGUAUUAAAUAGUCCCAAGUCUAGUGAGGAAACCAUCGAUUUAUUGUGCACUGCCAUCGCAAAUGGUAUAUUCAACGUUCUAAUGACUACAAACUCUAUUCCUAUCAUUAGAGCUCCCAAAAAUGGUCCUGCAGAGAUGGUUGCUGAAAAGCUGGGACAACUGUUGAGGGAUUAUGUUAUGAAUACUAAGACGUCAUCCGUAUCUAUUUUGCCAAACAGCGAUACAUUAGAAAGAUCUGUCUUGAUCCUAUUGGAUAGACAGAUUGAUUUUGCAUGUAUGUUUUGCCACUCUUGGAUCUAUCAAUGUAUGGUCUUCGAUAUAUUUAAAUUGAGUAAAAAUACAAUUACCGUGGAAACAAUAGAUAAAGAGACUCAAUUACCACAAGAGAAAAGAUAUGACUUGGAUCCUCAUGAUUUCUUUUGGAGUCAAAACUCCCAUUUACCAUUCCCUGAGGCUGCCGAAAACGUAGAGAAUGAGUUAAACAAAUAUAAAGAAGAUGCUCAGGAGAUCACCAGGAAGACUGGUGUAGAAAAUAUAGCUGAUUUGGAUCCAAACUCAAACGCCGACACUGUACAAAUUCAAGAGGUCGUUCAGAAGUUACCAGAAUUGACAAAGAGGAAAGCUAUCAUUGAUACUCAUGUCAAUAUAUUCAGUGGUCUAUUAGAACAGUUGGAGGAUAAGAAACUAGAUACGUUCUUUGAAAUUGAACAAGACCCUAACGGUGCCAAGAUGAGAGCAAGUUUCCAAGAAAUCUUGAAUGACGGUAAGAUCAAUAAUCUACAAGAUAAGAUGAGAUCGUUCAUUGUGUUAUAUUUAACCUCAACUGCUGGAUUAUCAAAGGAUUUCAUCCAAGAAGUUGAAGAAUAUUUCAAAAAGAACGAAUUUGACAUCACUGUAUUGAAAUAUAUUUACAAAUUAAGAGAAUAUAUGCAAUUAUCUAGUAAGACUUUACAGAAUAAAUCAUUAGAGGAUGGAACCUCUAACAAACAUUCUACGGAGAAUAAUCUGUCUUUGUCUAGUCUUUACAGUCUUACUGAAGGUAGACUCCCAGGUACUGUUGGUAGCUUGAUCUCAGGUAUUAAGAAACUGUUACCAGAGAAAAAGACUAUUCCAAUUACGAAUGUAGUAGAGGCUAUUAUGGACCCAAUGAAUAGUUCUGAAAAGAACUUGGAGACAACAGAUAAUUAUAUAUAUAUUGACCCAAAGAUUACAAGGGGUUCCCAUACCAAGAAACCAAAGAGACAGUCAUAUAACAAAUCUAUCGUUUUUGUUAUUGGGGGUAGUAAUUAUUUGGAGUAUCAAAACUUGCAAGAAUGGGCACAUUCGCAGUUGCAUAAUUGGAAGAAAGUCAUGUAUGGUGGUACAAACUUAAUUACACCAAACGAGUUCCUCGAAGAAAUUACUACACUCGCUACUGAGAAUUGA